UUACGUCAUUUUGCAGUGAAUUUAUGUGCAUGCUUACAAAUUACUUUCUAACGUUACAUUUCUACGGAAAACGGAAGCGUUUUGUAAUGUAACAAAAAUACAAGCGAAUUAUGAAAACGUCAGAAUUAACGAAUCUAUACGAUGAAGAGAUAAAACUGGAUCGAAUCAAUUGAAUUUCUUCCCUGAGAAAAAUCUUAAUAAAUUCUUUUUUUUUUUGCAGAUGGAAUCACAAGAGAUCAAAAGUUUAGCAUUUCCUGUUAACUAUUAACCGUUUCUUCUACAAUGUUAUGUUGAAAAUAAUUAAUACAAUUGCACCUGCGAUUCACAUGAAGAUUUAUUACUAAUAAGUUUCUGUCAGUAAUUUCUUGUAAAGUAUUUUUCUUCCGCUGCAUUUGACGAAUUUCAUAUUGCAUGCACGCAUGUAUAGCGUAUUCUACAUGAUAACAGUAUCGCCUGAGAGUUCGGUAAUCUUCUCUCGCAUCCAUAGAAAAGUUCUUCAGACUUUUUCCAUACUUCAGUUGCUUCAGUUUCCGUACUUCCUCAAAUAAAAUCAAAAGCUCACACAGCUUUGAUCUUCUUGUGAAGUUUGUAAUUUUAUAUCUGAAAAUCACAUUUUUUGAGAUUUGAAAAAAAACAAGAUUUCUUAUUAAAUUACUAUUAUUAAUUUAUUAUUUAUAUAGAUCGUGAACAUUUUUUUAAACCGUAAUAAUACAUCACCUCAAAAAAAAGAGUUAAGGUCAGCAAUAUAUCUUUAAAAAAAAAAAUACAGAAUGAAGGUCGACGCGUAUCGAACACGUAGAUUGAUAGAGCUGCUAAUUAAGAUACAUCGGCCGCUCGUUGAAAGCCGAUAUCCCCGUCAUUAUGGGCAUCGUGCAGGCGCUUAUCAGCAAACGCGACGAACUUUUCGUGACCCCCGUCGGUACGGACGGUCCGCCGUGUGUUCCCUGCUUCGAGAAGGUGGACAGGAAACCCGGGAAUCCCAGCAGCUUCGAGGACCUUCACGCGAAAACGAAGGAGCUCUAUCCGCAAAACUUCGAGGGCGCCUACUUGCUGCUGCGAAAGACUCUGAGCAAGCACUUCAAUGUGACGUAUAAAAUGACGCUGAGCUCCGUGACGCCGUACGGCCUCAAGUUCGGCGUGAAUUACGUCGGCACCAAGAUGGUGGGAUUGUCGGAAAAGUAUCCGGUGAUCUCGGGCGAGAUCACGCCGGGCGGCAACAUGAACGCCAGCUUCGUGCACACGCUCGGUUGUAGAUACAGAUUCAAGCUCGCGACGCAGAUCGUCGACAAGAAGUACAGGGCGUUCAGUUCCGGUUUGGAGUACCGCUCGGACGACAGCACGCUCGCGUUGACCCUGGCGAAUCCGGACUUCUUUAGGGGCCACGGCACGCUGGUGCUGCAUUAUCUGCAGGCCGUCACGCCGAGGCUCACCCUCGGCGCGGAGAUCGCGUGUCUGCGCGGCUCCCCGAUACCAGGCGGUCAGCAGACGGUGAUGUGCGCCGCGUUCCGGCACAGCACUGGUCCCACCACGCUGUCCGCCACGUUCGGCGAGGCGGGCAUACACGUCUGCUACCACCGGAAGGCGAGCGAGCAGCUGCAGCUCGGCGUCGAGAUCGAGACCAAUACGCGAAUCCAUGAAUCCGUGGGCGCAAUCGUGUACCGGGUCGACAUACCGUACGCGGACUUCGUCUGCCGUGGAUUCGUCAAUUCGGAGACCAGCGUGGGCGCGGUGUUCGAGAAGAAGCUGCACCCGAUUCCCGAGGCGUCGUUAAUCAUAAGCGGCUUUUUGAAUCACAAGAAGCAACAGUUUCGCGUCGGCAUCGGCCUGAAUGUCGGAUAGCGAUUAAUGUUCUUUGAGGUGAUCUAGAAUUACAAACGUUCGACGCCUCAAAUUUUUAAUGUCUCUGGAAAUGUCGCGCCUUCACCCGCUAUUAAUUAUCGCCCCUGAUUUAGCCUAAAAAAACAAAUCGAAACAUUU